GCUUGAUCCUGCUGCUAGAUCUUGCCGGGGAUCCUGCUGCCCCCUUGUCCGGCCUACACGACUGAGCAAGGGACAUGCAACAAUCGAAGUCGCUCGGUCUUUCGGAGUACCUUUCACGUGGUGAUACUUGCAGAGACAUGAUUUCGAGACCCGUUACUGCUUUCGAUACAUGGCUACUGUUACUUUUAGAGCAGUAUACCUUUUGCAAUUGAUGACCGGCAGAAAGUUGACAUUGUGUUUUUUCAUGAUCGAGAACUCUUUUUGAUUCAUUAUUGUUGAGAUCUUGUUGGAGUUUUGAGAAGAUAUCUUAUUCAUUCGAUUAUUUUGAUCUCGGGGCCGAUUGAAUCAAACAUUGAGCAUCUCAGGAUGGAGGUUUUGCAAGACUUUUCGGAGAUGAAGUGGCGAUGGGCGAUCCCCUCUACAUGCCCGCGGUCAGGAAGGAGCAGCGACGAGUGGCGGCCCUCUUGCAAGUAGAUGCUGACCCACCCAGGCACAAGAAAAAGAGGAAGCCGUUGUCCGGGGAAAUGUUCUGGUGCAGCCACCUGGACCCCGAGGGAAAUCAUCGCGAUCCAGCCUUGGACUACAUCCGUCAGGCAUUCCGUGAAGAUCCGAAAAUGACCUUGGACGAUCUCAGGACAGGCUUCCGGUAUAUCAAGGAGAAAAAUGACGCGCUGUUCGACAAAGCCAAACAGGAAGACGAUACGGGUUUUGGGAAAAAGCGGAAUCGUCGCCGGGACAUCGGAAGUAAGUCGGUGGAUUUUGAUCCAAGGACAAAACACAGGGAUAAAGAAAAUGAGUAUAAAAACUUGCGCAAUAAUUUGUCUAAGUCAUCAGAUGAAUUGAAGUUACCGAAUAUUAAAGAGACGAAUUUGAUUGGUCGCCUGUGCCGGAAGGAGAAAAAGGAUGAUGGGAAGGAGCGAAUGCAUGUUCGACUACCCAAUCAAAAUGAGAACGCGAGAGACGGCGAGCGUCGCCACCCGGAGUUUUUAAGAAGUAAAAAGCGGGGUUCUUAUAGGUCACGUGGCAGUAGGAAAAAUAGAAAUAAAUAUGAUUCCGACAGUGCUUUUGGGGAUACGACCGAUGACGAAUACCCGGAUGAUCCGCGGACCCUAUUAUCGGACAGCGGCAUGGCGAGGACGCCUUCGGAACUGUCAGAAAUGGAGCCACAUUUGCGCUAUUCGCACGGUAUGAACCCAAACCCGGGUGGGGAGGAAUUUACGAAUAGCCAGUUGUCCAAGGAUUCGCAAGGGAUGAUGAAAAUUACGAGUUUUCUGAGCGAGAAGAGUUUUUGCUCCUGUGGUGCAGAUCACCGCGUGAGAGCGCCGUGUACGGAGUGUCACCGGACUGAAGCCCAUAGCAAGAAAUGCUCGAAGCGGAGGAGAGGGCGCCGGGAUGAGAGGGACAGGAAGAGGUCGGAGAGGCGGGGUCGAAGGAAGGAUAGGGACAGUCAACAGGCUUUAAUCGGGGAGAGGGACGAUAGGGAAAACCCACAAACUUUGAUCGGGGAGCGUGAACCAUCCCAGCGGUGCCUGAAAUGCGGUAAGGUCAUCAAGGGGUCGCGGGAAACUAGUUACGGGUCCGGGAUUGGUCGACCUUGGAGUCGAGAUAGUUCGGAAUCAUCAGGAUCGUAUCGGCUCAUUCGGUCAAGUUCGGAAUCGCGCAUCGGGACGCCUGAGGGAGACCGCAACUCCGCGAGGUCUCGAAGUGUCUCGCCGCCGCGAGAUCUUCGUGAUUGGAAUAUGAAGGGAAGAACUUCCGGGGAAAAUCUGCUGGACGAUUUGGAGCGAAAACUCAGGGAGGGUGCUUUUGAUUACGAUCUCAACGUCCGUAGUGUUGACGACAUUAAUCAGACGAUCAGGAUUCCUCGUGAUGGGGAUGAUAAUCUUAAAGCAGACGACAAUCUUGAGCACAUGCGUAAACCCCGCGGCAAAAUAGACAUGUACCGAGAAGCCUAUAUCAGAGCGUUGUCGGUCGCCAGAAGUAGAAAUCUUCCCUCCGAACCUUGGAUGUUUGGCAACAGGACGUCAAGAGCGUUUGUUUAUUCAUAUUACCACUACAUACCGCGGCGCAGGCCGAAAGAUCUAGAGCAGGGACCCGAGGUUAAAAACGAGAGCGGCCAAUACGAACCGCCCAAAAUCAUCAAAAAGCGUGGUGCAGAAAUGAAGAUGAUAUUUGGGAAUGUAAACCCCGAUGACUAUCUUCCAGGCGGGCCGAAGAACCCGUUUGAACCCAACCCGCUGGCGUACGUCAAGCACGAGCGCGAUGGUCGGGUAGCCAAGGGACUGGUGGGCAGGCGCCGGGUGCAAAUGGCUAAACCAACCAACAUGAAGAGUAGGAAGGUGUCCCUUAAAGAAAGAGAACAGGUUUGAACUGCUUGACCUCGUUUUGUGUCAUGUCAUCUACGUGACAGUGCGAGUUCGGGUCAGCAGGUUCCAUCUUUAGCAACGGUGUCCACCAUUUCUUGAACUUAGCGCAAAAAAAUAUUGAGAUGAGUGCUGAGCGUCAUGAGAACAUUAUCAACCUCAUGUCGGACUCUCUCUUUCAAAAGUAAUACACAACUCACCGACGCUGACAUUGAAUGACAAUGAGUUUGCUUAAAGAGUUUAAAGUAACGUACUGUUUCACAGAUGAGCUUUCAACGAAUGGAACGUGUAUGGAGAAGGUGGCGGUUUCACCACCCGAUAUAAGAUUGCGAAUUGGGCAG